AAAGCAGGAAGAUCUGGAGUUUGAGGAUAACCAGGGCUACAUGAGACUCUACAAAAAACAGCAAGGAGAAGUGGAGGAAGUCCAUACAGUAGUAGCACCCUACCAGCCACAGAAGGAGCCUCCCCACCAAGCUCACCCAGUUCUUAGAAAUGAGACCAAACUGGGCCUUUAUGUUAAAGGACAAUUCAAACCAUGAAAACGAUGACUAGUCGUAAGUCACUGUGGGUGCUGCUGUUUAUAGUUAUCUUCUGGGUCUCGUUUACAGUUUUCAGAAACCCAUCGAAGAUAUGGCUUCAGUUCAAGUUCCCUGUGUCCUUCAGUCGCUGGAAUUUGGUCACGACAUCCUCAUGCCCUACAGUGCCUCUGAACCUACCAGUUUUACCAAAAGAGACAGAGCUGAGAGUCAGGGAGGUCCUGGAGAAACUAGACAAACAGAUCCCUCCCAGACCUUUCACCCACCUCAACAACACCACCAGUGCCACACACAGCACAGCCACCAUCCUCAACCCUCAAGACACUUACUGCAUGGGGGACAAACUGGAUGUGCUGUUGGAAGCUAGGGACCACCUGGGACGCAGGAAGGAGUAUGGUGGGGACUUCCUGAGGGCCAGGAUGUCCUCCCCAGCCCUGAAGGCAGGAGCUUCUGGAAAGGUGACAGACUUCAACAAUGGCACCUACCUUGUCAGCUUCAUUCUGUUCUGGGAGGGCCCGGUCUCCCUGUCUAUCCUGCUCAUCCAUCCCAGUGAAGGAGUGUCAGCUCUCUGGAGAGCAAGAAAACAGGGCUACGACAGAAUCAUCUUCACUGGCUGGUUUGUAAAUGGAACCUCUCAGGUCCACACUGAUUGUGCCUUGGUUCUAAACUCAAGUGUCGAGCUGUGCCAAUAUCUGGAUGCCCAGGACCAAGAAGUGUUCUACUGUGUGAAGCCUCCAAAUGUACCCUGUGCAGCUCUUACCCAUAUGCAAUCAAAAAACAAGGAAGUUUCCUAUCUUAGGCAGCAAGAGAGGAGCCUCUUUGAAAGGUCAAAUAUAGGUGUGGAGAUUAUGGGAAAAUCCAAUGUGAUUAGUGUCUCCAAAUGCAACAAAGAAGCUGUUCCAGCAAAAGAGAGAUGCAAGCUGGGGAAGGUGUCUACAAUCCCCAGUGGGCAUGUCUGGAAGAACAUGUGGAACCCAGUCUCCUGUAGUUUGGCUCCAAUCAAAAUGAAAGAAUGCCUGAGAGGAAAAUUCAUCUAUCUGAUGGGUGAUUCCACAAUCCGCCAGUGGAUGGAAUACUUCAAAAGCAGUAUCAACACACUGAGGUCUGUGGAUCUGCAUGAGACUGGAAAAUUGCAACAACAGCUCGCUGUGGACUUGGAAGACAAAAUCAACAUCCAGUGGAAAAAACAUGGUUACCCCCUUAUUGGGUCAUUGGUCUACUCUGUCAAAGAGAUGGAAUAUAUUGCACGGAUAAUUGACAGAACUGGAGGAGAGAAAAACACAGUCAUUGUCAUUUCUCUGGGUCAACAUUUCAGACCUUUCCCCAUUGACCUUUUCAUCCGAAGAGCCCUCAAUGUCCACAAGGCUCUUCAGCGUCUUCUCCUGAGAAGCCCAGACACUAUGGUUGUCCUCAAAACAGAAAACAUCAGAGAGAUGAACAGUGACGUGGAAAGAUUUAGUGACUUCAAUGGUUACACCCAGUACCUUGCCUUAAAAGAUAUUUUCCAGGAUCUCAAUGUGGGUGUCAUUGAUGCCUGGGAUAUGACAAUUGCAUAUGGUACAAAUGAUGUCCAUCCACCACAGCAUGUGGUUGGAAGUCAAAUUAAUAUAUUCUUAAAUUAUAUUUGCUAGCAAACACAUACCUCUGAAAGUCACUCAUUGAAGUUCAAAGAUGCAGUGAAUUCUGCUGGCGUGUCAGGUACUAGGAUGUCCCAGUUAGCUCAAGGACAUAGUCUGCACUGUGGUCCAUGUGAUCCACCCAGUUCAGCCUGAGUAGGCCCUAGACUGGGCUUCUGCUUCAAGUUGAAUCUCAAAAGAAUCAAUAGAUGGUCCUCCCUUUUCUGAUCAGAGCCAUGCUGUUCUUCACCAAUUAGAAGUUAGGAUUCCCUUGGGUGAGACCUUCUCCCUGUUGCUCUGAGUCCAGGAAAAUGAAGUAAUUUUGUAUAACAUUUUUAAAGGUCUUUUAUUCAAUCUGUAAAUGUUUUUGUUGAGACUUUUUACAACCAUGUUCAUAAGGGAAAUUGUUCUCUACUAUUGUCUUGGUUGCGUCUCAAAGUUUGACAUCAGGACAAUACAGACUUCAGAGUAUGUGUUUGAUAGUAUUUCUUCUGUUUGUGAUUAGUGGAAGGGUCUGAGAAGUGUUGAUUAGGUUUUCUUUAAAAGUUCAUAGUAUUCAGUAGUGAAUCUAUCCAGGCCUGAACUUCUCUUUGGAGAGAGACCUUUAAUUAUUGUUUCAAUCUCAUUGCUUAUUAUGGGUCUGUUUAAAUUGUUUCUCAUUCCUAGGUUUAGUUUUGAUAGACCAUAUACAUUUAGAAAUUUUUCUUUCUUCUAGGCUUUCCAGAUUUUUGGAAUAUAAGAUUUUGUAUCAACCAAAACAAAGUAUGCAUGGAAACACUACCAUGAAACCUAGUAUUUUGUAAUUUUAGAAUAAAAAUAAAAUAAAAUUUUUAUAUGAAAAACAUAUUAAAAUAGGAAUGAAUAAUGGAAAAUAUUUUAGUGAAUUUU